AUGUGGAUGACAUCGAGUCUAUCAGAUGUCCCUAAUGGCCUUCAUGGCCUUAAUUUUUACAACGAUGCGACAUUAGCAAUCGCAACUCUUCCCAUCGCUCCGAAUGGGUACAUGUGUUCUGACACAAUAUUUACCAAGGAAUAUUCAGAAAAAACUGCAUUGAUAGCCCGGGAAAAACUGAGAAACCAGAAACCUCGGUCAAAGUUUCCUGCCUUACUCGAUGACACCCAUUUAUUUGGUCCGAAUGAUGAUAACCUUUAUCUGUGGCCACAAGGACGAUCUGAUAAAAAAUCUCUCUCCAUUAAUGUUGUUGAAGGGUUUAUCCCGCAAUAUCGCGCUGUCAUAGAUUCUUGUGGUUCAUUAAAAGGUAUUGUUAAAGCUAUUGUACCUAACGUACCCGCCACACCUGUUACCUACGAAAAGUGUAUGGAAGUGCAUACAUCUUUAGACUCUAGUUCUCCCAUCGCGGACAAGGAUGAUAGAUACAAACAAAUAGGUUUCAGCUGCGAUCAUAAAUUCAUAGAAUUGAGUGAAAUUAUGAGUGUUGUGGAAAAACAAUGUCAUCUACUUAAACUGAAGAAGAGCCAUCCUCAAUUGACAAAUGACCUGCAUAGUUACAGAGGUAAAUCAUUUUCUGCAACAAAUCUUUGGGGUUCGUAUUUGAAGGGUAAAAGUCGAAUAAGGUCUUCCACUGGUCAGUUCGGAACUUGUCAGGUUGUUUUCAGCUCUUUAUGCCAUCUAGAAGGCGUAAUAUUAAGACAUGGUAAAGAUAAGGAGGAAAUUGUUUGUUCAAGAAUUUGGGCCCUUAAGCAACAACCUGGUAUUUUUUCUGAAGAGCACCCUUUGAACGCCAAUGAUGAAAAUGUCAAAGAUUAUAAAAAGCUAUACUCUUGUCGAGGUCGCACCUUCUUGAGGAAAACCAUAAUGAACCACAUUUCCGAAGGUCGCCGUAUUCUGAGCGAACCGUCGCAUCGAGGCAGCCAAUUUCCAUUGUUGUACAAUAAGAGCUUGUGGCUGUGGCCUAUGAGACUACCUGAAAUUUUUAAAAUAGAUGGAAGUAAAUUAGAUUUCUUCAUGGUUGGGUUCAAUUUAGACAAAUCCUACCGCGGUAUUUAUUAUGCAUCCAAGGGCUCCUGGUCCAAAAUUAAGCCUAAGAAAUGUCACAACUCCUACUUCCUAGAAAAGAGUUUUUUCUUAGCUAGCUUCGGGUCUGAUCUAUAUCAACAAAUGUUGAAAGAUUAUCCUCACCGGGUGAAGCAACCCGAUCAAAAAGUUACUCCCUCUAUUAAACUUGAGUAUGUGUAA